CAAAAAAUAAAAAGAUAUUUUCCUUACACUUUAUUCAGUCGAUUUUCAGAGCCGAGUUAAUGCUAAUUAACACAUUUUCGCGACUUUUCGUGAGAUUUAAAACAAUUUAAAGUCAGUUUGGAAACGAAAUCACGGCAACAACAAAUGAUUUGAGUGUUUCAAGUGAUGUUGUUGUUGCUUCGAACAGAAGUAUUGAUUCGUGAUUGAUCAAUAAGACUUGAUAAAAGAAAAAAACAGUUGAUUGAGUGAAUAAAGAAUCACUUAAAAUGCGCACAAAUAGACCGACAACAGCUGCAGAGGAAAUGGGUCUAGGACCCAAAAAAACAUUUCUCGUGCUGUUUACAGUAGUUGGAUGUAUAGCGAUUCUCUUUCCGAAAAUCUUUUAUCCCAUGCUUAUGGGAGCGGGAGGUGCAAAAGAUCAUAGUCGCGGACCACCAAAUCUUUUGAAACAGGAACGACCACCGUACUUGAGUGAAAUAGUCAUUCCUGGUAUGCAAGAACGUGGUCGGGCUAUUCCUCCACAUUCUGUAUCGAUAAUUGAACGACCAGGCCGUCCAGGUGGGCUCCCUUCACGGCCGGGAAUGAUCGAAAGACGACCGGGCAGCCCAAUGGUUCAAGGACAACCUGGUCCAAAUAUGCGUGCGGCAGCAUAUCAAGCUCAAACGCAAAGUCAGCCAAAGGCACAAGGCCCAACUUCUAUCAUAAUGCCAAUUUACACAUUCGGAAUUGUUGCAUUCUUCAUCUUCACGAUAUCAAAGCUUGUUAUGAAGAAGUUGAACAAGAAUCAAAGUCAACCAAUUGAAUCUGAUCCGGUUUUCGUGGAGAAAGUCUUUAGACAAACUCAACCAGAUGCUAAGAAGAAAUUGGGAUGGAAAGAUCACAACGCAAUUUAUACUGCUAUUCAAGGGAUUAUUGAUGCUACAAACGAUCAACUAAGAGAAAUUGAGAAAGAGUGUGCUGAAAACAAUUCAGAGCACUUUGACAACAAUUCUGAACGAUCGAAUGCUCAUAAAUCUGAGCAUGAGGAAACUGAUGAAGAUACUCUCAAAGAAUCUUCGGUUAUGUCUGAUGAUUUGUCAAAACUUGAUCAUGAUGAAAAUGAAAAAGAAAAAUCAAAAGAACCUUCAGAGCAUGACAUUGAAAUUGAGAAGCGAUUGAGUCAUCUUAAGGAAGCAAUGCACAUCAAAUCAGUUGAAAAUGACGAAAAUUCCGAUUUCAAGUCAAUAUUUCUUGAAGGUGAACUUCCACAUGAUCCACAAAUUUUAGUAUCAGCUACGGAAACAGAAACAAAGACAGAGAAAAUCUCAAACUACGCAAAAGAACUAGCAGAUGACGAAGCAGUUAUUUUAAGUGGAAAGAUGACAAUUUCUUUGAUCAGUUUAACAAAUAAUGAUGAAGAGAAGAAUGGAGUGCUUGAUGAAGAACAACACACAACGACAAACAAUGUGGCGUGAGAAUGAGGUCAAAGCCACUUGAUCUAUAUAGAAAUUGAGGGAGAAAUAUUUUGAAAUUAUUUAAUAAUCUUUACACAAAUCUUCUCUCCAUUAUUGUACAUGUUUUUCAUUGUUAGGCUUAUCAAGAAGCCAAAGUCCAAAAUUUUUCACAAAGAUUUCUAUUUCCGAUAUAGAUGGUACAUUAGUAAUGACAUCCAAACCAUAAUUAACCAUUAAUUUGAGAUCGUAAAGUGUUUUGAUUCUCGUCAUUGUUGAUAUAAAAUUUUCUUUGCCGCAUUAUCGAAAUAUGCAGCCCAGUAUUCAUGCCAAAAACAUAGAAUUCUAAUAAUAAAACGUAAUAAAAGUCAAU